AUGACGGAGGCCAGUGCCCUGGGUUACCACAUCUCUGAUUCAGGCUCCAGGAUCAUCCUCCGCUGCCCCUACUCCUCAUCCCUCCUACACCAUCAAGAUGAGGCGACAGUGGAUAGGUCCCACCUGCUCUGGCCUGUCCCCCAUGUCCUCUACCCCCUGGUCCAUGUGAGGUUCAGGGACAUGGGCAUGAGGAUAGGGGUGGAGACGUUUGCCCUGAGUGAGUGUGUGAUCAAUGAGAGGGGGCAUGAUGAUAGAGGGGCCAUUGAGACUGCGUGUCGGGAUCGAUACCUGUUGGUAACAACCCAACUCUCAUUCGCUGGGAAUGAACCUCGCUUUGAAGCGGUUGAUGCUGAUGGUGUUCACCCCAUCACUAAGCAGUAUGGGUCAGUGUGUGGCUACAUGUUCAGUAUCCUCCCUCUGCCUGGCCAUGCUGAACUCAGAGCCUCCUACUUCUCCUGCCACACUGACAACCAGGAUGAUGAGGUGUUCACUUUUAGCUUUAACUUGAUCACAAUUGAUGCGAAUGGAGUGGAAACCACCUACACUGUGAAUGCAAACUGCUCCCUCCCUUUACCCUGGUCCACCAGAGAAGUCAGCUGUGAGGAGAACUAUAUGGAGGCCCACAGCUCUGCCACGUCUACCUGGCAGGUGAUGUUCCAGCACGAUGGGCAGCAGCUGACUCCCAUGUCCCUCUCAGAGGCUCGGGAGCUGGGCUACGUGUUCUACCUCACCCAGGGGAGGCUGGUGUUCCGUUCACCCUACACGCCAGGCUCUGUCAUGGGGUCUGUCACCAUGGUGAAUGGUAUGUUGGUUGAGAUGGUCUAUCCAAUACUGGUCUCCAGGCAGAGAUGGUUGGUCAUCAUGGUGAACUUGGCGGUUGCUUGCAGCACUGAUGAAGGAAUGUAUGAUGGGGUGGGGCUGGUCUGGCAGACCCCCACUCUGCUGUCCCCGCUGGUGUCUGGCCUCUCUGGGUUGGAGAGCAGCAAGAUCUCAAUGGGGGUGGAUGGUCAGCUCCUGGAUAAGCCCAUCACAGCAGAGCGAGGCUACAGCAUGGACAUCAGUGACACCACUGUCCAGAUCAGCAUCCCCUUCAACGCUGCCGGAGGAUACAGGAAAAGCUUUGUGAUGGACAACAUGUACCAUGAGUUCUACGUGGUCCGUCUCUACUAUGAACAAACCUUUCUUGAUGACUCCGGUGCCGAGACCAGACUCCGCCUCCACAGGCCCAUGAUCACACCCCUUCUGAUCCAGCACACCUCCAUCAUUAACCAAACAGUCCUUGAGGAUCGUGUGUUUACUGUUUACCUGGGGAACCUCUCCUACGAUGUUGACCUGGUGGCUGUGAAGCUCAAUGGUCACAACUUCACCAUACUAGAGGCGAAUAAAAGUGGCCUCGUCAUAACCAUGGUCCCCCAGCCCAAUAGUAACCUACAUGCCUACAUUCUCAGGGUGCCAUUUGACGCCGUUAUUCACAAGCUGUACCCUACAGAGGGGCUUCUUGAGUACUCGUUGGACAUCAACUACACGUUGGUAAUCCUGCCUCAGGAGGAGCCCUACUACUACCUGGCCUCAGUCGUGGCUCAGUUCAAUGAUGUCUUUCCUCCGGUCUUCAAAGGCAUCUGCAAAGAGAAAAGCAUCCAUUUCCAGAUGGACCAUAAGCCAUUUGACUACCUGUGGGAGGUGGGUGUUGGCCCAUACCUUCUGACCCCAAAUCUGGCAGCCAAGCGGGGCUACAUUAUGUGGAAUGACAGCAAGAGUCUGACCCUGGAAGUGCCCCUCUUCACUGUUGGUUACACUUAUAAGGACAUCAAUUUGAAGCAGUUCCGUGGCACUUUUGAAAUUCUCUCAAGGGUUCCAAAGACCUUGGCGGUCAAGAGCUCCUUGGCAAAAGCGUGUCUCUUCCAGACUACUGAGGUCAUAGUGUGUUCCACUGAAGGUGUGAUGACAGUGGUGUCUGUGAUUUUGGCCAUCCCUGGAUCUGAACCCAGCAGAACCUCCCUCCUGGACUCCACCUGCAGGCCCCAAGAGAUGGAUGACACCAGGGUUCUCUUUAGCUUUAGACUCGACACAUGUGGAACCAGGGUCAAGUUUGAUUACCAGCACCUUACCUAUGAAAAUGAGAUAACCGUUGAGCACACAAGCCAAUCUGUGGAAGCACCAGUCUCAACCAGCUACCUCCAUGAAACGUCCCUCUGUGAGCCUGGGCCAGACCGGCCACCCCAGAUGGGAGAGAAGAGGACACUGUCCACAGUGAGAGAGAUAUGGGAGAGGAGCUGUGAUGGUCUUGACCCCGAGCAGCAGGAACAGCUGUUGGAAUUCAGAGACAGCUUUGCUCUGAGUGACGAGGAGGUGGGUCAGAUUCUGGUGCAGCACGAGGGGACGCUCGGCCCAUCAAGAUGCAUCCCAGCCAUAUCCCACUGGCACACCAGGAGGCAGCAGACAAGGCCGUUGGAGAUGCAGUGGGCAGACUUCAUUGAGCCCUCAGGCAGCCCCUGGGCGGCACCAAUAGUCAUGAUUCCUAAGAAGGGGGAUAAGCUGAGGUUUUGUGCGGCUGAAUGCGAGCCAAGACUGCUUUCGCCCACCAACAGAGGGCACUGGCAGUUCAAGGUCCUGUGCUUCGGCUUGCUCAACGCUCCAGCUACUUUUGGGCAGUUGAUUGAUAGGGUGCUGGCUGGCAUUCCCCGACAGGAGUGUCUGGUCUACCUCGACGACAUCCUGGCCCAUGGCAGCUCCUUCCAGUCUGUCCUGGGGGCGCUAUGGAGUGUUGGAAAGGGUGGCUGCCGCAGGCCUGAAGUGCCACCCUGA